UGCCUUGAGUGACUGACCCCACUGGAGAUCGUGCAUGCCAUCCAGGCUAGUCCUCCCCUCCUUGCGCCUCUUCUACACAGAAACGCACACUCUUGGCUUAUCCGUGCUCCUGGCUUACCCACGGCUCCCAGAACCUCUGAGGCGGGAGGCCCCCACUUCUACCUCAUGCGUGGAGCACCUUGCUAGCCAUGACCCUGACACUCGGCGUCCUGCUGCUGCUGGGGCUCUGCCAGAGAACCAUUUCAGAGGAGCCCUCGUCCUCCCCAAACAGUCCCGAUGAUCUGAAGUUUCAGUUGCCCACGCCGACCUAUGAGACCAAAGACUAUUAUUACACACCUAGGUCCAUCGGCAAUCUCUUUAAAAUGGUGCACGUCUUCCUCUACGUGGUGCAGCCCAACUUUUUCCCAAAGGAUAUUGUAAGAGAAAUACUACAAAAGAAGUUUGAACUCUCAAUGGAUUAUGGGAAGGUUGUCCAGUAUGAGAUCGGGAUUAUUUUCUGGGCCGUCCUGGGACUGCUCUUUGUCAUCCUCAUGCCGCUGGCAGGGCUCUGCUUCGGUCUGUGCCGCUGCUUCAACAGAUGCGGCGGAGAAAUGCACCAGCGACAGAUGAGGGACGGGCCCUUCCGGAGGAAAUACUACGCCCUCACCCUCCUGGUCCUCUGUGUGCUUAUGAGCAUUGGUAUCAUCUAUGGUUUCAUGGCAAACCACUACCUCAGGACUCACAUCAGAAAGGCCCGGACACUGGCCGAAAGCAAUUUCAGAGACCUGAGGACUCUCCAGAAUGUGACUGUACCGCAAAUUAACUACGUGCUAGACCAGUACACCACCACAAAGAAAAAGGCCGUCUCAGAUCUGGACAAUAUUAAGACCUUGCUAGGAGGCGACAUUCAGGAACACGUAAAACUUAAAACGUUCCCCGUUCUUGAUGACGUCGAGGCCAUGGCAGAAGAGAUCAGAGACACCAAAGUACUCCUGGUGUCCGUGAACAAAAACUUAUGGGAGUUAAAGAAAUCACCCGAAGAGAUCUACAGAGGCCUGCAGGAUGUGAAAAGAGACCUGGAGCAGUCCCUCAAGGACCCCGUGUGCUCCGUACCCGCCCAGCGUGCCAGGUGCGACUCCAUCAGAAUGUCUCUGGACCAGCUGGACAACAACACCUACCUGGGCCAGCUCAGAUUGUUGGAUAACGAAAUUAAUAACGUCAAUGGUGUUCUUCAGACAAAUCUAUCCAGCCUGGUCCAAAUGAGCUAUCAAUCCAUUAAUAAUAUACCCGAGAGAGUGCAAAAACAAACCACGGAAAUACCACCAGCUGUCAAAAGGACCUUGAAUUACAUUGGUUUAAAUAUCAAAAUGAUAGCACAAAAGGUUCCCAUUCAGGAAAAGCUGUCAGUUUUCUUGGAUUCCAUCGAUAACUUUGAAAGUAACAUCUACCGGGAAUUGCCUAGGGUGGAAAAAUAUGAGUCAUACAGGUGGCUGAGUUGCUUGAUUAUCUGCUGUUUUCUGACUCUCAUCAUGAUUUUUUAUUACCUGGGCUUGUUGUGUGGCGUGUUUGGCUAUAAACGGAAUGCCACCCCAACCACACGAGGCUGCGUCUCAAACACCGGAGGCACCUUCCUCAUGGUUGGGGUUGGAGUUAGUUUCUUCUUUUGUUGGAUAUCGAUGCUCUUUGUGGUUCUUACUUUUGUCAUUGGUGUAAACAUGGAAAAAUUGGUCUGUGAACCUUACCAAAACAGGAAGUUAUUCCAGAUUAUGGACACACCAUAUUUACUAAAUGAGAAUUGGAAAUACUAUCUCUCUGGCAAGAUACUUAACAAUAUGGAUGUUAAUCUCACUAUUGAACAAGUUUACAGCGACUGCAAAGACAACAAAGGCAUCUACACUGCCCUGCGGCUGGAGAAUGUCUACAAUGUCAGUAAGCAUCUCACCAUUGAGGAGCACAUUGAAUACAUGAACAAUGAAUUUGCAAAGAUUAACGUGAACCUUGAUGACAUUAUCCUCAAAGAUGAAGGAAAAAGAAACCUUCUGGAUUUCAGUGACUCAGGAGUGGAGCAAAUCGAUUAUUACACUUACUUGACUGAGACAGGUAAAUCGUUAACCAAAGUGAAUCUCUUAACAUAUGCAAGUGGUUUAAAAGAACACGCCGACAAGUUGCCCCCCGGAGUCUUAAAAGAGUCCCUGACAAGGAACAUAAUCAAGAUCAAAGACAUUCACAAUAUCAAGGCCCUGCCUUUGGAACUGCAACUGAAAGAACUACACCGUCAAAUUCAGGAGCUUCAACAAAGAGGCAGUGGAUUGAAGGUGAAAGUGACCAAUAUUCUUGACGCUUUGGAUUCUUCUCAGAAAUUCAUCACAAACGAUCUUCCAUCUAUUAUUAUUGAAGAAAGUAAGGAGUAUGCAGAUAUAAUCGUUUCAUAUUUUCAAUAUUAUCUGAACUGGGCCAAGGUCGCUAUCAUGGAGGAGAUCGCAGCCUGCAAACCUGUGGCCACUGCUUUCAAUUCUGCUUUUGACGUCUUUCUGUGCAACUACAUUACCAAACCCAUGAAUUUGUUUUGGUUUGGCAUAGGAAAAGCUACCAUACUGCUACUUCCGGCUAUAAUUAUUGCUGUGAAGCUAGCCAAGUACUAUCGGAGGAUGGACUCGGAGGAUGUCUACGAAGAUGAUGAAAAUAUACCCAUGAAAAAAUUGAACAACACCAAGAGUGAACUCUUGGAAGAAGCAUGGACUUUGUGUAAUUGUGGCAUGUUCUUGGGUGACCUAAGCCUCAGCUCCACAUCUGUACCACAAGGAUCCAGGCUGGACUUUCCUUCACGGAUUCUUGUGAACAAAUCUUCUUCCAGAAAAAAAAAAAAAAGCUGGCUGCGUCCUGAGGAUCAAGAUGAAUUCCUCAUUAUUUCAGAGGCCACCUUGAUCUAUAUCUCCCUGUGGAACAAAGCUGCUUUAACUUGUCUACGUCCAAAUGACGUAGGAGUGGGAGUGGGCAACGCUGACUUCAGUGACAUGCAGGUGGGGGUGUCUUUGGCCUGUGGCCAAAGUGUGGCGCUGUUUCCUAAAACACCACACUGUGAGUGCCUAUUUGGGGAGUAUGUGUUCUAUAAGAUGGUGGUCGGAACCAUGGGGAUGGAUCUCUUCAUGAGCUGA